GUUUCAGAUGCAGAUGAUUCUGACAGGCAUCCUUCACCUCCUAAAUAAAUCACACUUCAUCUCAGGGAAUUAUCAGUGUCCUUCGCUCUGCUGCACCUGUGCCUGGCUGUCACGAGUGUGUGUGUGUGUGUGUGUCCUUCACAUGCUCCAGUGCUCUCACACCGCCGUCCUCUCCGUCUGCUCCUCCUCGGGUCUCUGCUCACCUCCAUGCAGGUGAGCGAUGGACGAAAGCACCUUUGAGACAUUUGAGGAAGAGCUCGGUAAACCACUGCAAGAAGUUCCUCCUCAGAAACCUUUCAGACAAAUGCGAACAGGAGGCAAAGCAGAGAUGUAUGCUCAGAGGAGGGUGCAAGAGGAAGCUCCAAACGUCCAGCAGGUCCCAAAGAUGAUUCCACGGGAACAUCCGGUCUCCGGCGCCACUGCGUCGUUACGCAAAGCUCUGUCCAUCCAGAAUGUGACGCAGAUCGAGACGCCGUGGGAGGGUGUGACGCUGAACAGAUGUCUGAUCGCGGUCAUAACCAUCCUGCUGCUGAGCUACGGUUUACAAAGAAUACACGAGGCCGUCCGAGGCCGUAAAGACGUUAGUGAAGAGCUCAUAGCACUAAACGACAGACACGCUCUGAUUAAAAGAGGGAAAAUAACACCGCAUGAGCCGGACACUUCCUUAUGGGACACAUUGUUCUGGUGGAUUGAUGAUGAUGAAGGCAAAUCCAAGAGAGUUUCCAGGGGCCUCAGACACAGGGCCCUUCCGGACCUCAGGCUCCUGAAGAAAAGAGACACAAAAUUCAGUGAGCGCAGAAGAAAAGGGAGACGAGAAAUAGAUGAGACUAAAGAGAGACGGACAAAAGAGAAAGAGAUGAAAGUCAAGGAAGUGGAAGAAGAGGAGGAGUACAUAGAGGAGAUGAAGAAACCAAAGAAACCAGCAAAAGAGAGCAAGCACAAACAGACUCGAGACUGGUUUUUAGACAGACCUUGAAGGCGAUGGUUUCGUACGGCUCGGCUGCGAACAGCAGAUACUGCCAGCGACGGUCCGGAGGUUCGAUUCUCUGCUCAUACGCCGACAUGAAGCGAUGCCUCGGCCCGAUACCUUCUGCUAUCUCUGGGUAAUCAAUCUGAAAGACGAGGACACCGUUUAUUAUAUCAAUGCAGGCAUGCAUACCGAAAUAACAAGAGAUGAUCAGAGCAUUAAUGUUCAACAGACUAUAGAAAUGUACCUGGAAAAGCAGACUCUGCUGUCCGAUCUCUGGAUCUCUUUGUUUAGUAACUACGAGAGAAACACACAGGUGCAUCUGUUAAUCAAAGACGUUUAGAUCUGGACCACAGCUUCUAGUGAAUUCAAGGAGCGUCCAGUUGUUUGUGAUUGUUGGAUAAGGAUUUAUUUAGAUUUUUAAAUCACUGGUUCUUUAGACUUCAUGCAUUUAAUGUACAAAACCAGUCACAAGUGUCAGUUUCUCGAAAUUGAGAUGUAUGCAUCAUCUGAAAGCCGAAUCAAUUAUAUUUUCAUUGA